UUAUUUAUUAUAAAUUAUUAAACUACUAAUUAUCCAUUCGUAUAUAUUAAAUAAAUAUUUAUUCGAAAUAUUAAUUACAAAUUAAAUUAUCUAAGUUUUAAGUGACAUUUUCUUGUAACACAGUAGUUUAACAUCGGUUACAAUCGACUCUUACGAUGCAAAUGCCUACAGUGUCUUGAAGAUAUGAUACGACGACUUUAUUUGUUUUACACAAUUUUCGUACAACGUGCUAUGUAAUAUACAUAUAACAUGAUUUCAUACUACGCGAAAAUAUUUAUCGCUUUGUACAGAAGUCUAUCGUACUUAUAUGGGUGUGGGAGAAUAUUUUAGAAGAGUUAAUCCAAUGUCCAGUAUGUCUAGAUAUUCCUUCAUCCCAUAUAUUUCAAUGCAAAACUGGUCAUGCUAUUUGUCAGCCUUGCAUGAACUCUCUGAUACAAGCGCAACAAGGCUGUCCAUUGUGUAAAAAAGAAUUUUCACAUGUCAGAAAUUUUGUUGCAGAGGAUUUGAUUCAAAAUCUAAAGCUUCUACAGUUGGCUGUUAAGAAAGAUAUAUUGAUCAUUCAAGAAAAAUAUAAUAAAGAGAUUAAAGAUAUCUUUACACAAACUAAUGAAACAAAAAAUGUGAAUACUUCUACCACUAGUACACAAACAACUGGAUCAUUAAGAAUGAAAACUUCUUCUACUCAGACACAGACAAAAGUGAAAAAAAAUCCUCCCAACAAGACUAUUUCAGAUAUUACAAAUAUAUUACAGAAGAGUCAAAAUAAUAAAAUUUCUUAUCCAUGUCUUAUUGGAUCCUGUUUAUUUCAAAACAGUAUGAUCAAAGAAUUAGAGCAUCACAUGAACGUGUGUCAUGCAAAACAAUUAUUUAUGGAAAAUGAAGAUAUAUUUUCUAAAACGUUCAUAAUGGAUGGAAAUGUGUUACCUUGUAACUACGAUUAUGUAUUUCUAAUAAACGAAGUUGGAUUACUCUUUUUUAAUAGUAUUUACCACAGUAAUGGUAGAUUGAGAAUAGGCGUGCAAUUUUUACAAACGGUACAAAUACCAAAAAUUUACAAAUAUGUCAUACAGAUAAGUAACGAUACGUUAACCUUCAUACGUCAUGGAAAGGUCACGCCUAUAACACAUAAAACACGAGCUGUUGUUUACACCACUAUUAUACAUGAGAAGGACAUGGCAUGCUUAUUAGGGGUUAAAAAGCACCUUAAGUGCACACUACUUGUAACAAAGUGUUCAUAAAAUAUUUAGCCACAGUAACAAUUGUUAAUUGAAAAAAAUAUUUUAUUGAUUAUAGAAUCUGUUUGACUAUACUAUAA